AUGCGUCACGUCCUUGCGCCGAAUACCCGCGUCCAUCUCUGCGACCCAGCUACGCCUCCGGAGCCAUCAUCAAGCUGGCCCAGCGCGCCGCCGCAGAGCACGUUUCACGUCCGGGAAUCAUCUACAAAGGCACGGCGUCGUGGCAACAUGACCGACUGGCAUCUCCGCUCGCGCCAGCUCAUGCGCUUCGUGGCGGCAAAAGACCCGCCACAGCCAAACGCCAAGGACUACAUCACCGACGAGCACAAGCAGCGGGCUCGGUUCCUAGAGCCGCAAUACGACCCCAACAAUCAGGCGAAUGGUGAUGAUGCCGAGGAUGAAGAGAAGUGGCCGCCGGGCUGGGAGAAACCCGAUGGCAAAUCCAUCAAGGCGUUUUUGGCCUGUCAACCGUGGAAAAAGGCCACAGAGUCCAUGGGUCCACAGGCAAAGAAGGACCAUCAAUCCAAUGAGUCCCAGCAGGCCAAUUGGAGGAAACUUGAAAAGAGCCCGCGGGUGGACGAGAGACACGAUCAUGAUCAGCAGGUCACAGGCGAGAUUGAGAACGGCGGUCAACAGGCGACGGCGGGCGAAGACCAUGCCGAGACUCAGAGAGAUGAAGGGCGUGAGAAGAGUGCACAAUCUGGCGGUUCCGGACUAUCCCUAAUGGAAAUGGGGGGGCUGGCAUCCUCGCUCCCGUCAGUGCCACAAACGGAACCCGUCAGCGUGUCCACAGAUCAUCAUCACGUUGCCAGCCAACUUACAGCGAGCCGAAACCCACCACCGGUACAACAACAACAACAACAACAACAACAACAGGAAAGAGAUGGACCUGCUGCUGCGUCCCCGUCUCAUCAUCGUGAGGAUUCCAGCUCCAGGAACAGGGGCGGCGAUGCAGGCAGCCGUCAAGCCCGUGCCCGCGACAUGCCCACGGAAGCGACGAUUGGUAUCAGCCGGUUUUCACCGCAGGAUUAUCAGCUGUUUCGAGAUUGGGUGGCUCGAGAGGAGAGAAAGAAAGCCAGAGAAGCGGAUGGAACUGUCCGGGGCUCACCGCGCCGCUGA